AUGGAUUCGUCAUUUGGCAGCACACUCAGCAGUCUCGGGCUGAAGAUGUACAAUGAUAUCUUUGGUGCGGCAAACUCGAAUACAAACGCAACACCAAGAGAAUCACAUUCUACUGUCCAACCAAGCAUAUCCGAUAGCGUUCCGGAUGUCCAGCCUGUGGGCGUGGGAUUAAGGAGGUCACACUCUACUGUCCAACCGAGUACACCUGGUGAUAUUCCAGAAACCGUACCUCUAGUCCCGGCACUAGAGGGAUCACAAUCAACUGGCCAAUCAAGCAAACCAGGCAAUCACCAAGAAUACCGAUCAAGUGUAAAUCAAAUCGACAAUGCGAAUGCGCAAACACAGGCGGCAGGAAACUGGAUGAGUCGGCCACCACCAGGGAGCACGACGCCGACACAAGUGCCUCCAAGAAAAAGAGGCAGACCGCGAGGUUCUCGUGUACCAAGGCGGAGAGAUGUUGGAGAAGGAAAUCGGGUGCAGGAACAUCAGCCAAGUGCAUACCAAGCCGACACCAUCAAUACUCAAAUACAGUAA